UGAAUUUCUGCAGCGGUUAUUUGAUUUGGGUGCGCUGCACUUGGGUGGAUAGUUGCGGUGUUCGAAUGGUUUUGUUGGGAACUGUCUAAGAUUUGCUUAUUUUACGCAUUUUCUGUUAAUGUGCUUGUGUCUAGUUAUUUAUUAAACCAUGGAACUCUUAUAAUGCCAGGUAAAAUAAACCCAUUGGAAAACAAUAAGCUUAUAUAAUCAGUUGUUAUCGUCUAGCUUGCAUGUGAUUUCUUGCCAUGUAUCAACCAUAUUCAUUAUAAUUUAUUGUGAUAUUGUACAGAUCCUAUUUCAUAAACGUAUUUGAAUCAGAUUCUUUAUAUAUUAAAAAUCUCUCAAUGAUUACACCGCUGGGUGAUAUGGAUGAGGAAUUUGAUGAAGGUGUUGUUGCUGAUCAUCAUCGUACACAUGAUAGUUUUGGUGACCCGGGAUGUCUUCAGUACCAAAGUUUCGACAAAUCCGGACCAAACUGGGUUAAUAUGCUCAGACAACAAGGUGCUUCAGUUGAUGCAACCAGUCCCCAAACUUCACACCUUAGUUCAGAAGUACACAGUAUAUCAGAUCUAACUUCCUUUGACUAUGGACAACGUCUGCCAUCUUUAGAAGGCAGUUCGAGUGCUCCAAGCAGUAAAGGAACACCUAAUAUGGCUCCACAUUCAGUUUUUGCAUGGCAGCCUUUUGGGAGCACAUCAGUUCACAACCAGCCACAAGCUUCUUCUUUUCACGGGCAACCCGGACAUUUAAUUCCAUUGAUCCCAGGUUCAACUGCCACUUAUAGCGGUAUUGUUAGCUCUUCUCCUGCUAGUUCAAUGCCUACAACUACUGACUUAAUGGAUUGUCAUCAGAAAAAUAAUUCUCAUUAUGCAUAUCCUACCAAUUAUUCCAGCUCGUCUACAUCAAAUAAAUCUCGUUCUAUUGUAUUAAGUCCUUCCACUCAAUCUGGAUGCUGUCCUUCCGAUGUACAGAAUAUACGUUUAGGAAUGCUUUUACCAAAUUCUCAUUCCCCAACUACUGCCCCAGUACCAAUCUAUGCACCCUCACUUUCAUCCACUACAACUUCUAGUUCUGCACCCCAUCAAGCUUUUUGUUCUCCAAACAGCAGCUCAUCAAGUUCAAAUCUAUUCAGUACACCUUCAGUAAUGUCCAAUCAUCCAGUUCAAGAUCCUGCUAAAGCUGUUAGUCAAAAGCAACGUUCAAAAAAAGAGAGUCAUAACAGAAUUGAACGAAAACGAAGAGAUUAUAUUAAUUCACAAAUUGUCUAUCUCAGUAGUUUACUCCCGCCCGAAUUGUAUCGCGAUGUAGAUGGUCGACGAAAUAAAGGUAGUGUACUUCGACUUUCAGUUAGUUAUAUUAUGGAGUUACGUGAAGCUGUUUCAAGAAUGGAAAGUUUGAAACAAGAAAAUACAAUAGCACGUCAGCUAAUCCCUCUUCUUUUGCAACGUAUUGAGAGCCUUGAGAAAAUGAAUUCGGAAUCUAGUGGUGAUUUAAAAUCUGGCGAACAAUUGCAUCACUCCUCAUCUGCCAAUUCCUUAAGAAAUUUGCAGUCACUUGAAGCUGUUUAUCAAUCAUGGCUUUUAUUAAAUGAAGCAAAUCAACGUAGCUCUAAUAGUAGCGGAAAUACGCCAAACUUGUCCACAUCUGUCUCACGACACUCAAUUUAUCCUGCACAGACAAAUCCAAAUGACAGUCGAUAUUUACAUGAGUUGAUGAUGCAAAAUGAAACACCAACUGAUCUUGAUUUUAGCGGUUCCAAAUUACAUUCAGUCCAAUCAAGACACCCGCUUAAUGUAAAAAGAGAACAUGGUGAAGAAGAAGAAGAAAGAACCGACGAUUGUGGUUCAUUAUGUAACAAAUCGGAUACUCGGCGUCCAGGAUGUUCAUCUCGAUCAAGCUUUACUGAUCAUCAAACAUCAGAGAGAAUUGAGGAAGAGGUAACAUCACAAGACGGAAGCUUUGAUAGUAGACCUAAUUCUGCAUAUGAAUGCUAUCCACAUAACCUUCCAAGAACUCCUCAGUCAAGUGUAUUCCUGCAAAAUCAUUGAUCAGUUAUACUUCAAUUCUAUUCAUUUCGGUUUGGCAUAUUCUUAUUUUGGUAGAGGAUAAUGUCAUUAUAUUAAAUGAAUCCCUAGCUUGUUAUUAUUAUUAUAUACAAUUACUUUAUGAUGGCAGUUUUCACUAUCUGACUUGAUAAAUAUCAACUCUGACAUGAUACAGAUAUACUUAUUUGUCGAUAUUAUAAUUUGUUAAAGAGGUGUUGAUUUCUUGCCCUGUAUCAGAUUAUAUAAAGUUGGAUAUGAAAUACUAUUACUGUUAUUAUUAUUAUUAAUAAUGAUAAUAAUAAUAACGGUAUUAUGUGUUGAUAAUAUUGUUCGGGGAUGAUUUCCAACGCCAUCUCCUUCCAUCCUCCUCUCUGUCUGCGUGUGUGUGUGUGUGUGCAGUAUCUAUCCAUCAACUGUUGCCUUAUUUCACCUCUUGAAUUAUUUUCAUGUCAUAUUUGGAGUAAAUUUUUUUUCGUUUGUUUUGUUACAUUAUUUUUUUUUGAAGAUGAUGAUUAUUGCCGCUCCCUUCCUUUUUUUUUAAAAAAAUUUAUUUAUUAUAAAACAAAACAAAUCAAAACAAAAGAAGAAUUCAAUUAGAGAGAAUAUGA